AUGCAUGAUCCCUCGUUACUCUCAGUAAUGCUCUACCUCCUCUUCGCGGAAUCGCUCUGCUUCGGGGCCUUCUGCAUCCUCUAUCUCUUCUCGCUCUGGGUCCUUGUGUACCGGCAGCGCCGGCAUCGGCACUCGACCCUUAGUUUCACUCUUGCUGCCGUCGUCACGAGCUUGUUCCUGCUCUCAGGACUGUACCUCGCCAUCGACGUGCGGAUACUCAAGAAAGCGUACGUUGAGCACAGCAAGACGGCCGAUGGACCUUCGCACUUCCUCCAGCAGGAAACGGACGACCCGAUGCGCAAGGUGCAUCCCCUCAUAUUUGCGAUCAUGACCUUUCUGGGGGACGGCUUCAUGGUGACCGAUCCUCUGUUUCCAUCUCGUGCUACCCUCGGCCCGGGGCCCGCUAACCUGCCCGUAUUGGAUCUGCAGACGUAUCGUAUCUAUAUCGUCUGGGAUCGGCAACUGAUAUCCCUCAUCAUACCCGACCUCCUCCUUGUAGGCGAUUUUGUCGCCGCGGCAUUCGCCACCAAGGCGCUGACCGAUGGUCCGAGAACGUACUACCCCAUCCUCGCGCCCAACGCCAGCGUGGAGCUGGUCGCCUACUUCGGCAUGACACUGCUAACGAACGUGGUCACCACACUUCUCCUGAUCGGGCGGCUGUGGUGGUCUGACAACAGAGUGAAGAGGUAUCGCUCUGGAGAAGCGUCGACGUCCGUGCCUUGGCAGGUCAUGAAGACGAUCUUACAGUCCCAAUUCGCGUACUCCCUGGUGGUCGUCCUCAACGUUGCCGCAUACGCGGUGCGCUCGAACCUCGCGGUGCUGACCACCGCCAUACUCCCGUCGUUGCUCGGAAUAUCCUUCACGCUGAUCAUCACGCGGAUUGGGAUCAGCGAGAUGGUGGGGGAGGCGUCCCAGACAUAUCCAACCCAGUCAAGCGAGCUCAGCGAACACGGGCGGACGGUGGCGGUGUCGCCUAUCGCCGUCAACGUGUUCAUCGCUCGGACGGACGACAGGCAGGAUGCGGGCGCGCGUUAUGAUAAGACUGUGCCAGGCGCCGGCGAGCGCGUAGGUGAGGCGCGGGGCUAG